AAAAGGUCGACGAUUACGCCACACAGAAUGAGCCUCUUUGAGCUCGCGGACGCUGUCUUUGAAGCCAAACCCUCGAGUGCCCCGCCGCGCUAUGCCACCGCGUCGGGCGAGCUCCCGACGCUCUUUCUCUUGGACGAGACACUACAGCAGUUGCAUCUGGCGCGGCCGCUCGCGGGGCGUACUGCGCCCGUGACGACGCCAACGCCAUGGACGUACAAGCCGCGCGAUGUGCCGACACCUCUCGCUAUUGGCGCUUUGCCAAGUGCGUCCCCAAAUGCACCGUCUUCAAGUUUGAGUGCGAGCCAGAAUCCAUUACGACGCGUCUUUUCCAAUUCCUUGCUCGAGGCGUCGGCGCCAUCGCCACGUCCACCGCUGGUGGCGCAAACGCCGCCAUGCGGGGCCAACACUGAAACAGAUACAAACGAUGCCGCCGCACGAAGCGCCUUGAAGGCCGCGCUGGACGAGUGCGAUGCCUACGAUCGUGACGGUGCAACGUCGGCAGCUGUCGCACCCGCCGCGUUUGCAGCAACCAUCGAGGACAAGUACCUGCGCGCGACUCUUGCGCCGCUCCCGACGACGCCAUUUGUGGCGCUGGCAAGAAAGCGGCUCCAGAGACGACUGCUUGAGUACGUUGCGGACGUUGCGAGCGCCAACGCGCCGUCAUCGGCGGGGGAUCUGGAGGCGUUUGGACGCGACAUUCGCGCUGUCUUGACGUCGCUGCAGGACCAGACGAGCAACCAGCGUACCCACGACGAGAGCGACAGCCUCAGCGCGCAUGUCCAGGGCACCAAACAGCCGACGACGGGGCAGGCCGCGCUUCUUGCCAAGCUCGCAACGCUUCCGAAAGCACAGCUCGAGAAGCUCCCGAAAGCGCAGCAAGAGCUCGUUGCGUUUUCUAAGCGCUAUCAACAAGUGCUGUCGAUGGCACCCGCCGACGUCGCACAGCUGCCGCCACACACCCAGCAGUUCGUCGUCCGCGCCCAGGCAAUGACGAAAUGACCCGUCAACGUCGUCCUCAGCGUUGACGCCAACAGCGAGUUCCACGGGCGCCUUGCACGACGGACGUCAAAGAUACUUUUACGCGCCACUGUCACGUGUUGAGUUUGCUGCAGACACUGUUGACACAUCAAGAUUUGCACCACGUUGCGUGCUGCCA